UAAUUUAAUUUUUAUUUGGCAUAUAAAUACCGAACGCAAUGAAUAGAACAGCAACAGGAUUCGGGGGAAGGUUUAUUAGUUCAGGUUAUUAUCGGUAGGUAGCAAAGAAGAAAAAAGGGGCCAUCCAGGUCGGUGCGCGCGGUAAAGAAAGUUCCAAUGGAAGAAGUAAAAGACUGCUGCUCCAGCAAUACCACCGCCACGAGAAGCAGAGGAAGAAGAAGCAGCAGCAGCACUGGCAGCUCUUCAGAGAAACGCAAACAGCAGCAGCAACAACAAGAAGAGAAGCCGUACAGAGGAAUAAGGAUGAGGAAGUGGGGGAAGUGGGUGGCGGAGAUUAGAGAACCAAACAAGAGGUCAAGGAUAUGGCUGGGUUCAUACACAACACCGGUGGCCGCCGCACGCGCCUACGACACCGCCGUGUUCUACCUGAGGGGGCCAUCUGCGCGCCUCAACUUCCCUGAGUUGUUGCUUCAAGAGCAAACCGAAGCCGUCGAAGGAGACAUCACCGCCGAUUCCAUACGCAAAAGAGCCACACAGGUUGGUGCCAGAGUGGACGCCGCGCUUCAGGCCUCAUCAAACUCUGUUAAUUCAAGCCAGACCACUUCCGAAAAACCAGACUUGAACAAGGUUCCAAAAUCCGAGGAAACUGAAGAAGAUUCUCUUGACCAAGAUUAAUAUUACUAGAUGUACUAUCAUAUGGUAAAUAUAUAUGAUGCAAGUGCGGUACCGGUGUGAGGAGUGGGGCUUGUAACUUGUAACGAACUCUGCCUUCCCCCCUUCACCUCUUUCGGUUUCUUUCAUUUCUCUCUUGCUUGUUUUUCUUCGUAAUAUCUUUUAUGUUUCUCGUGUAGUUUAAUUAGAGUAAAUAUUUCGCUUCCAUUUUAAUUCAUGGUUAGAACAGGGGUCUAUAAUAAGAGAUGAUACCAUAGAGAAACAGCAAAUAUGCCUUAUAUUAGUACUAGCUAGCUAGUAGUAGUAUAGUUAUUUGAACAUAUGUUUCUCUUUUUAUCUCAUCGAGUCAUGUAUGUAUGUAUGUGUGUGGUAAUUUGUAAUGAGUUUGGAGGAAUGAUAGAGGGUCAAGCAAAAUUUAUUGUUUUUGGUCUCUUAAGUUUGGCCGCCAAACCUCCGUGGGUCGGUGGGUCCGUUGGCUGGACCUAGACAAAUAUGGAACCGAGUUAAUCAGCUA